AACAGUGGUAUGAUUUCUGUUGAUCAGUGUUACAGCCAUGUCUGACAAAAGUGAACUGAAGGCAGAGUUGGAGCGCAAGAAGCAACGAUUAGCUCAAAUCAGAGAGGAGAAGAAGAGAAAGGAGGAAGAAAGAAAGAAAAAAGAAACUGAUCAGAAGAAAGAAGUUCUUCCUGUACAAGAAGAAUCUGAUCUUGAGAAGAAGAGGAGAGAAGCUGAAGCGUUACUUCAGAGCAUGGGGUUGACACCUGAGUCUCCUGUUGUCCCUCCUCCUACCUCCCCGUCUUCCAAAUCUGUGAGUACGCCAAGUGAGGCUGGAAGCCAGGACUCUGGUGAUGGCGCUGUUGGAUCUAGGACGCUGCAUUGGGAUACUGAUCCAUCAGUUCUUCAGCUCCACUCUGAUUCCGAUCUGGGACGUGGACCUGUUAAACUUGGAAUGGCCAAAAUUACGCAAGUUGACUUUCCUCCUCGAGAAAUUGUUACAUAUACAAAGGAGACGCAAACACCUGUUAUGACUCAGCCAAAGGAAGAUGAGGAAGAUGAAGAUGAUGUGGUUGCACCAAAACCAUUAGUUGAACCUGAGGAAGAAAAAACAUUUAAAAAAGCAGAGGAGGAAGAAGCUGCCCCUCAUGAACUUACAGAAGAGGAAAAACAACAAAUUUUGCAUUCUGAAGAAUUUCUAAGUUUCUUUGACCAUUCCACAAGGAUUGUCGAAAGAGCCCUUUCUGAGCAAAUCAACAUUUUCUUUGACUACAGUGGAAGAGACUUAGAAGACAAAGAAGGAGAGAUUCAAGCAGGAGCAAAACUGUCCUUAAACAGGCAGUUUUUUGAUGAACGUUGGUCAAAGCAUCGUGUUGUCAGUUGUUUGGACUGGUCAUCUCAGUACCCGGAAUUACUUGUAGCCUCUUAUAACAACAAUGAGGAUGCACCUCAUGAGCCUGAUGGUGUGGCCCUUGUAUGGAAUAUGAAGUACAAGAAAACUACACCAGAGUACGUCUUUCACUGUCAGUCAGCAGUGAUGUCAGCUACAUUUGCAAAAUUUCAUCCCAAUCUGGUGGUUGGUGGCACGUACUCAGGCCAAAUAGUGCUAUGGGAUAAUCGCAGCAAUAAGAGAACCCCAGUGCAGAGAACUCCCCUUUCAGCUGCUGCUCACACGCACCCAGUGUACUGUGUAAAUGUUGUUGGGACCCAGAAUGCUCAUAAUUUGAUAAGUAUCUCAACUGAUGGGAAAAUAUGCUCUUGGAGUCUGGACAUGCUUUCCCAACCACAGGAUAGCAUGGAGCUGGUUCACAAACAGUCCAAGGCUGUGGCUGUUACCUGCAUGUCCUUCCCUAUUGGAGAUGUCAACAACUUUGUUGUUGGCAGUGAAGAAGGCUCAGUGUACACUGCAUGCCGUCAUGGCAGCAAAGCUGGAAUCAGUGAGAUGUUUGAAGGACACCAGGGACCAAUCACAGGUAUCAACUGCCAUGCAGCAGUUGGACCUGUAGACUUCUCACAUCUUUUUGUCACCUCUUCUUUUGACUGGACAGUAAAGCUUUGGACAACUAAGAAUAACAAACCUCUCUACUCCUUUGAAGACAACUCAGAUUAUGUUUAUGAUGUGAUGUGGUCUCCAACUCACCCUGCUUUGUUUGCCUGUGUGGAUGGGAUGGGCAGGCUUGACCUGUGGAAUCUCAACAAUGAUACUGAGGUGCCAACUGCAAGCAUUACUGUGGAGGGCAAUCCUGCUCUGAACCGUGUGAGAUGGACGCAUUCUGGGAGAGAGAUUGCUGUAGGUGAUUCAGAGGGACAAAUAGUUAUAUAUGACGUGGGAGAGCAAAUUGCCGUUCCUCGCAGCGACGAGUGGACUCGAUUUGGUCGAACACUGGCAGAAAUAAAUGCUAACAGAGCUGACGCAGAAGAGGAAGCUGCAACCCGCAUACCAGCAUAGAUCUUUAAAAAUAGGCUGCAGUGAUAGACUUGUGAAUGAUUUGAUGCAAAUCUUAAAAGUGUUAGCAUGCGUCAGUUCAAAUAAUAGCUUAAGGAAGGAAUAUAUGGAUUCAACUAUGGACUUUGAAAAUGUAUUAAGGUCACUAAAAAUCAGAUCUUGUGUUGUCACUUUUUAUAUACAAAUUGCAAGCACAUUCUUGGAUUUGUGUAACUUUUUAAUACAGGUAACUUUGACUUUGGAAGAAACUUCUUUUGCUGAAUCACUAACCUGGUGUAAAUUUGCUCUUGGGCUUCUGAAAUCUCCAGUUUGUAACAGUAUCUAUUUCUGAAAAGUAAAAGUUUUUUGUUUCUAAACUAAGCUUUCUAUAUUAUACAGACAAACCUUCAGUAGGUAGUAGAUCUCUGAAGCAUUCUUUAAUUUGAACUCUUCAAAUUACCCAUGGAUAUGCAUGCAUAUGUUCUAAGUAAGUUUAAAUGUUUAUAUAUAGAUAAGUCUCAGGCUCUGGUAGUAGGGUAAUAUAUGUGAAUGAAAAUCUGUAGUUACAAACUUAUUUGAUAAUUGGACCUGAAUUACUGAAAUACAUAUUUAAUACCAAGUUCUUUUGUUUGAAUUAGUGCAUUAAAAGGUGAGACUGAUCCAUAAAUAAAAUAUUAUGUGAG